AGUCAGCUCUUCAGCUUCUGAAUCAGAGACACCACCGACUCAACGCGGAUUUAGCUCCAAAAAACGAGCCCCCUGCAACCACAACCUCGAUAUCCGAGAGCUGUCUGUGUUGUUUAAAGGAAAAGAUUGUGAUAAAUUAAAAACGGACCGGUUAGAGGCAAAAAGAGGCGUCUGCGCACAUCGGCAGCCGUUAGCGGGCUGAGCUAGCCGCAUCUCGCGACGCAUCUCGCCCGUGAGACGUCGGGCUCAAUAACUGUGUGCUUUAUAAUCCUUAUCCACAUCAAUUAAACUGAGAGGUACAGCAGAAUCGCAGCGGGUUCGGCGGAGCUGUCCGGCUCUUGCUCGCACUGCAGGCCUGGGUGUGGGUGCGGAGAAUGCUAAAGGAUGAGUCAGAGGGACACCCUGGUUCAUCUGUUUGCUGGAGGCUGUGGUGGCACUGUUGGUGCAAUUCUGACAUGUCCGUUGGAGGUGGUGAAGACGAGGCUGCAGUCUUCUUCGGUGACUCUUUACAUCUCUGAGGUUCAGCUCAGCACUGUGAACGGGGCCAGUGUGGCCCGCAUGUCCCCACCGGGGCCUCUGCACUGUCUCAAGUUAAUACUGGAGAAAGAAGGUCCUCGCUCACUCUUUAGGGGGCUAGGGCCCAACUUGGUGGGAGUGGCUCCAUCCAGAGCAAUUUAUUUUGCUGCCUACUCCACAGCCAAAGAGAAGUUGAACAAUGUGUUUGAUCCUGACUCCACACAGGUUCACAUGCUGUCCGCUGGUUUAGCAGGGUUCACUGCCAUCACAGCAACCAACCCGAUCUGGCUUAUAAAGACUCGAUUGCAGCUUGAUGCCAGGAACCGCGGAGAAAAGCGCAUGAGUGCAUUUGAGUGUGUCCGGCGGGUCUAUCAGUCAGAUGGGUUACGAGGAUUCUACAGGGGCAUGUCUGCAUCUUAUGCUGGCAUAUCAGAGACUGUCAUCCACUUUGUCAUCUAUGAAAACAUUAAACGCAAACUCAUUGAGUCCAAGGCCAACGCUAACAUGGAUGACGAAGAUGAAUCUGUAAAAGACGCUUCAGACUUUGUGGGAAUGAUGCUGGCUGCUGCCACAUCCAAGACUUGUGCCACUUCAAUUGCGUAUCCUCAUGAGGUUAUUCGUACCAGACUACGUGAGGAGGGCAGCAAGUAUCGUUCGUUCUUCCAAACUCUAAAUAUGGUGAUCCGGGAGGAGGGUUACAGAGCAAUGUACCGAGGCCUCACUACUCACCUGGUCCGACAGAUCCCUAACACUGCUAUUAUGAUGUGCACCUAUGAGCUGGUGGUCUACCUGCUCAAUGGUUAACCGAUGGAGAGAGACCAGGAAAGAGAGGGAGAGAGGCAGAGCGAGAGAGACGAACAGGGUGAGAAAGCAAAAGCUAGAUGGAGACCGAGAGAGAUUGUCCCAGGCUUAGACCAAAGGAAGAAGAACAAGUCCUAGAAAUGCAUUGUCAACCCAGACCCCCAAAGGGGGCUGUAGUCUCCGAGAACGAGAGGGAUUCGAGCCUGUCAGACUGGAGAGGGUUU